AUGAAUGCGAUGAUUUCAGAAGAUAAAGAUAGCGACAGCUCGUCUUCCACUCCUCCCCGGGCCGUCCACAGGCUGGUCAGACGAGUCGGAAGGCCUCCGAGUGAUACGACUGCAUUCUUACCGUCCCUUGAGUGGUUGACGUUCCAAGUGGCCGGAAAGUCGCACGUACCUCUAUACAUUGUGAGUGCCAGCGAUCUUGGUAUCUCGCCUGAAAAAAUCGAGGCCGGUCUUUCGAAGGCCCUCGAGUGCUGUCAACUGUGGGAUGCGAUCCUGUUGCUUGACGAGGCCGAUGUCUUCCUUGAGGCGAGGUAUUGUAACAGCUUGGAUCGUAACGAGCUCGUUUCCAUCUUCCAUCAUCGGCUAGAACACUAUCAAGGAUUGAUGUUCUUGACCACGAAUCGGCUCAGCGUCAUUGAUCCUGCAUCCAAAUCGAGGCUCGAUCUUGUCCUUCCAUACCACGAUCCAGACGUGCCUUCCCACCGAAAAGUUUGGGUCAGCUUCAUCCAGAAACUUGGACCCGGGGUCACGUCUAUCGGCGACAGUGACUUUGAUGAACUUGCCAAGGAGCAGCUGAACGGGCGAGAGAUCAAGGACUUGAUCAAGACUGCUCUAGUGCUGCCAGCCGCGCCAAGCCCUUCAGAGCCCAACACCUGA